CGCUCCCCAGCUUUCUCUUUCUCUGCUUUUACAGGCUGCUGCUUGUCACAAUUCUUCAGAUAUGCAGUCCUUCAGACGUUCUACUGUCUCUGCGUUGCAGAAUGCCGUCCGUGGUCAGCGACGCGGAUUCGCAGGCCUCACAGGCUAUGCCUCGACAGUAAAGAACCUCCGCAUCAACGCAGACACCAAGGUCAUCUUCCAGGGAUUCACCGGAAAGCAGGGAACCUUCCACGCCCAACAAGCCAUCGACUAUGGAACCAAUGUUGUCGGUGGUACCAACCCAAAGAAGGCUGGAGAGACUCAUCUCGGUAAACCCGUCUUUGCGAGCGUCGCAGAGGCAGUCAAGGAGACCGGUGCUACUGCUUCCGCCAUCUUCGUCCCACCUUCCGUGGCUGCUAAGAGUAUCGAAGAGUCUAUCGCAGCUGAGGUGCCUCUCGUUGUCUGCAUUACAGAAGGAAUUCCUCAACAUGACAUGGUCCGCAUCACCGACAUGCUAAAAACACAAAGCAAGACCCGUCUCGUUGGACCUAACUGCCCUGGAAUAAUCGCUCCCGGACAAUGCAAAAUUGGUAUCAUGCCCGGCUUCAUCCACAAGAGAGGCCGUAUCGGUAUCGUCUCCCGAUCCGGUACCCUUACCUACGAAGCCGUCAACCAGACCACCCAAGCCGGUCUUGGCCAAUCUCUCGUUGUCGGCAUCGGCGGUGACCCAUUCUCCGGAACCAACUUCAUUGACUGCCUCCGUGUCUUCCUCGAGGAUGAGGAGACUGACGGAAUCAUCAUGAUCGGUGAGAUCGGCGGUAGCGCUGAGGAAGACGCCGCCGCUUUCCUGAAGAGCGAGAACAGGGCCAACAAGCCUGCUGUCAGCUUCAUUGCCGGUAUCAGUGCUCCACCAGGUCGACGAAUGGGCCACGCUGGUGCCAUCGUCAGCGGAGGCAAGGGCGGCGCAGACUCCAAGAUUGCAGCCCUCCAAGAUGCCGGUGUCAUUGUGGAGCGAAGCCCUGCCUCGCUCGGAAAGACUCUUCUCGCUGAGUUCGUCAAGAGAGAUCUCGUCUAAAGCGUUUACUCCUCGGUGUGCACCAUCGUCCCCCACCCUUCCCCGACUGUAUCUCUAAUGCAACCUUCCCAAUGUUCAGGAUUAUAUACUAUUGAAGCUCUCAGGGUUGUAUUUUGCAUUAUUACUUUCUACGUUUUUCCUUCGCCCAUGUUAUAGUUAAUUGAAUAGUGCAUCCCCGGAGGGAAUAGAAACGUCUAGCCUGGUAGACUACUUUGUAUAAAAAAAUGUUCUUUAUAUGA